AGCAAGGUCUUUGCGGCUCUCAGUUCCGAGUCAUUAACAGCUCGCCACAGCAAUUUGCGUGAAGUUGAAUCUCACCAGAAUGUCUAACCUUUCACUCUCGCUGGUGGUGGUGCUGGCUGCUGUGUCGGUCUGUCUGGCCAGAGGCCCUAGUCCUUCAACGAAGGUUGCCAAGGAGCCUGCAAAUGAGAAGAAAUGUCCUGCCAGCCUAUCCAGAGGAUGGGCCGACGAAGUUAAUUGGGUUCAGACCUACGAAGAGGGUUUGUUCAAAUCCAGAAAGAGCAACCGGCCCUUAAUGGUGAUCCAUCACUUGGAAGACUGUCAAUUCAGUCAAGCCUUGAAGAAAGCAUUUGCUUCGAAUGAAGACAUUCAGAGAAUGGCAAAAGAGGACUUUGUUAUGCUUAAUCUUGUGUUCGAAACAAGUGACAAAAACCUACACCAAGACGGCCAGUAUGUUCCCAGAAUCAUCUUUGUAGAUCCCUCUUUAACAGUGAGAGCAGAUGUUCUAGGAAAAUAUAGCAAUCGUAUAUACACCUACGAGGCUGGUGACAUUGAACUCUUGAAAACAAACAUGGAGAAAGCCAAAAUUCUGUUGAAGCAGGAAUUUUAAGACAUUGAAAGUCAUUUAAGAACCUUUAAGCUUUAAUUUCAUUAUCUGUUCACACUUGUAACCACAACCAGCACAUUGCGUAGACUCUGUGUAUUUGCUUGUCCCAAUACGGCAUUAAUGUGUGCAGUAAAGGUGUAAAUAAUGUAUUCUCAAUAUUGGGUAUUUUAUUAAAUCUUUUGAUACCACUAUGUGAAGUUUCUAAAUAUGCAUUCAUCCAAUUAGAUUAAAAUGAAAAUAAUUGUAUUUCUUAAGUGACAUUCACAACCCUUUUAAGUACAAUAAAACAUGUAUGCAAAUUUA